CGUUCAUUCUCUGUAUUAUUUUUUGUUGGCUAACUCACACAGUUGCUUGGAUGUUUAUCUGGUUAACGUCAGUUGCUCCUCUUUUUUAGUUUACCACUUAGAUUGGGCGCAGUGGUUUGCAUGGAGCAACCCACCAUUUUGGCUGGUUAGUGUUUUCGCAGAUUUUACAAGAUCCAAUUUAAUUCCACCAACUGCAACUGAGAACGGGGAACAUUACUGCACAAAAGGUAGCUUUCUAGCAGCUAGCGCUAUCUAGCUAGGACAGCUAUGUUAGCCGACUGUUGCUCGACAAGAAAUUUUGAACUAGACUACGCAUUGAGUUUGCUUCUUCCGCAUGGUGAACGGGGGUGUGUUUUGUUUUAGGUAGACUAGCGAUCUUAGAGAUGUGAUAAAAAUUAAAAUAAAGAAAACUGCUAUGAUGCCACGAUGGCGCUAACUGAUCGAACGAGUUAAGCAGUUUACUUUAGACUACCCGUGCUGUCAGUAGUCUAAUAUUUAUAUUUUAGCGCUAGCUGGUAAUCUAACAGUAACUAAACUUGUCAUUUCAAACUGCACCAGUUGAUGUAUCGCAUCGAUGGACAGCAGCUGUUCGUUUUCUAAAUCAGUGGGUUGGUAGAAUUAACGUUAGCAAGCUAAUAUGAGCUAAGCUAUGAAACUGACAGCUACAUUUGCGACCGUGGCUGUGCGUCUGAAUUUAAAUUAGCGUGUGCACUGUAUCUGAUAUCUCACGAAGUGCGCUAACGGUAGACUAAUGCAAUCCUAAUCUAAACCAAAUUAGGGAUCUGAAUUCGGUGGAUGAACAACAGUGAGCGUUUGGUGCUUGACCCUAUUUAACCAAGGAAACAACUGCGCCCUCCCAUUCUAUCUGUUUUGGCUGCGCGCACCGCCGAUUCAAAAUUACAUUACGACGAUGAAAUACGACGGGUCUGCUCAUCUUUCUUUUUUGUGUGUGAGUGAGAGAGAGAGAAAUUUAAACAGUGCAAAUCAUUGUUAACUAGUUAAAUAGAACAGUAAAAAGAAAGGGUGUUGACAAAUUUAGGAUGUGAUAAAAGCAUAGGCCUACACCCUGUAUUCCAGUAAAACCAUUACACUCAGUCCCCAAGAGCCAGUCUCUUAAAGUGGCAGGAGGCUCAAAUAUAAUUGAUAAUGAAUGCAGGAGGCUUUGAUGUCAUAGCAAUGUGUUUUAUUCAUGUGUUGAUAUGAGCGGAGUUAUUCUCUCCUUCCAUUUCACCUCCAGGUGUCAUUCGUGUAAAUCUUGAGAAGACCCCAUUCAGUGGGUCAUUUUUGAAAAAGGAAACCCAGCUGCGUGUAAAUCGAUGAACUCUCGCUGCAGUUUGACUGAAGGCAACAGCAGCCUGGCAGCCUGUGCUGCUCACAGCUGAGGUACACACUUAGCGGGUGGUGUCAGCGCUGUGAUCCAGACUGUGGUGGCUGUGUUGACGGAGGCAGGUGGUUUGCUCUGGCAUGCACAAGGGGAAGGGGGCGUGUGUCUGAGCAGCUGCAGACCAAGCUCUCACACUGACAGACAGACAGACACACAGACAGGCAGAGCAUGCCUCUGGGCCUGGGCCGCAGGAAGAAGGCUACUCCACUGGUGGAGAAUGAGGAGGCGGAGCCUGUGCGGGCGGGGCUGACUGUGGCCGGGCUGGAGGGCGGGGCAGGUGAUGUGGACUCGCUGCAAGGCCUGCCCCCGCCCCCCGCCAAUCUGCGGCCACGCCUGGUCUUCCACACACAGCUGGCACAUGGCAGCCCCACCGGCCGCAUCGAGGGCUUCAGCAACGUGCGCGAGCUCUACGCCAAGAUCGGCCAGGCUUUCGGCAUCCCGCCAACAGAGGUGAUGUUCUGUACGCUGAAUACCCAUAAGGUGGACAUGGAGAAGCUGCUGGGGGGGCAGAUUGGGCUGGAGGACUUCAUCUUUGCCCAUGUGAAGGGGCAGAGGAAGGAAGUGGAUGUGUUUAAGGGUGAGGACGCGCUCGGGCUGACCAUCACCGACAACGGAGCCGGAUACGCCUUCAUCAAAAGAAUACGAGAAGGAAGCAUAAUAGACAGAAUCCAGGUAAUAAAUGUAGGGGACAUGAUCGAAUCCAUCAACGGGCACGUUCUGAUUGGCUGCCGGCACUACGAGGUUGCCAAGAUGCUGAAGGAGCUGCCCAAGGGGCGGGACUUCUGCCUCAAGCUGGUGGAGCCGUUGAAGGCCUUUGAUAUGAUCGGUCAGCGUGGGGCGGGGCGCUCAGCCUCUGGGGUCCAGAUGGGGACAGGAAGAGGGACGCUACGCCUGCGGGCCAAAGGCCCCGCCACUGUGCAGGAGCUGCCAUCUGCAUUUGAGGAGAAGGCCAUUGAAAAGGUGGAUGACCUGCUGGAGAAUUACAUGGGAAUCCGGGACAGCGAACUAGCUGCCUCCAUGGUGGAGCUGGGGAGAGACAAGCGGAACCCAGAUGAGUUUGCCGAGGCUCUGGAUGAGUCGCUUGGCGACUUUGCUUUCCCCGACGAGUUUGUGUUUGACGUCUGGGGUGCCAUUGGUGACGCCAAGGUGGGACGCGUGUGAGCACAGGAGUUGGAGGGACUGAAGAGCCAACGCUGCAGUGGCACAUGACCACUGUAGUUGUUUUAGUGUGUUUUUAUGCUUUAGCAGGUGUUGUGUUGAUUUCCUUUUGUGUUUCUGUCAGUGUUAUUUGGGAUGUGAGUUGUAUGCGCUUUCUGAAUCUGAUAGGACAGCAGUGAUCUCUGGGGUGUCAGUGAUGGCCCCUCUCUUGGCAUGCUGAAAAGUGCAGAACACUUCUUGCCUGUUUGCAUGGAGACCAAACCACCAGGCAUUCGGGCAGGUGCCCAGAUUCCCAGAAUGCACUGCUGUCUGAGCAAUACCUGACUCACCCAGGACACAGCAUGGUUUAGCUUUUUUUUUUAAGGUUGGGACCACUACACUCUGCUCAAGGAUUGAACUUUCUACCUGACUUUCCCCAAACAGAAGUACAGUCAAACAGAUCUAUAGUCAAACAGCACCAAAGUCAAACAGUGUUACAGUCAAACUACUGAAGUCAAACAGCACUACAGUCAAACAGUGUUAGUCAAACAGUGUUGCAGUCAAACAGUACUACAGUCAAGCAUCACAGCAGUCAAACAGUACUACAGUCAAGCAGCACUGCAGUCUAACAACACAGCAGUCAAACAGUACUACAGUCAGUGUUAGUCAAACCGUGUUACAGUCAAACAGCAUCACAGUCUAACAGCACUGAUCAAACUGUUACAGUCAAACAAUGUUAGUCAAACAGCAUUACAGUCAAACAGUGUUCAAACAGCACUGCAGUCAAACAGUGUUACAGUCAAACUACUGCAGUCAAGCAUCACAGCAGUCAAACAGUACUACAGUCAAGCAUCACAGCAGUCAAACAGUACUACAGUCAAGCAGCACUGCAGUCUAACAGCACAGCAGUCAAACAGUACUACAGUCAGUGUUAGUCAAACCGUGUUACAGUCAAACAGCAUCACAGUCUAACAGCACUGAUCAAACUGUUACAGUCAAACAAUGUUAGUCAAACAGCAUUACAGUCAAACAGUUAGUCAAGCAGUGUUACAGUCAAACAGUACUACAGUCAAACAGUGGUACAGUCAAACUGCACUGCAGUCAAACAGCAUUACAGUCAAAGCGCUACAGUCAAACAGCGUCACCGUCUAACAGCACUGAUCAAACUGUUACAGUAAAACAGUGUUACAGUCAAACAGCAGUACAGGAGGAAGGUGGUAGAGCUGACUGCGUGUAAUGACAGUUUUUACGUAGGUAUAUGAUAAAUCUAGUUUUAUAACAGUGUGGCUAUAUCAGUUGUCAUUUUGAAUGCUGUUAAACAGUAUUAGUUAAAUAUGAAAUGUUAAUCACUGUUAAACUUGAAGGGUCAGGUAAUGUUAGGCUCUGUGACACAAAGUGAUUCUUCUAGUAAUAAUUAUGUAAAUAAUUUUAUUUACUUACUGUACUCACUGAAUAGCCACUAUGUAAUGUCUUUUUGAUAUGAAGGAAAAAAUCAUGUGAUACUUGGCACUGAAAUAAAGUUUCUGUCUUUC